AGCCAUUUUUUUGCCGCGCGGUCUGAUAGCCCAACACCUGCCGACGCGCGGCAUCACGGACUCACACUGCCGCCUCAGUCGCUUAUAUAGCCAAGAGAGGCCCAGGCUCCGAGUCAUCUGGACUCUAAGAAUUGAAAUUUGAAUUAUACUACUAAUACGCCUCCAGGGCCGCGCCGCGCCACGUCAUGGGCCAGUUCUCCUACGCAUGCAAAUCGUGUGGCGGCCACGACCAAUUCGACUGGGUCACCUCGUGCGUCGUCGAGCUCGCGCUCACGACGGGAGAGACGAUCCACGUCGAGGGCCAUUACGAUGGGUACGGCCGCGCGAUUUGCCGCGUCGGCGAGGACCAGCAGUGCCGCGUCUAUCCGGACCAGUUCGUCCAGUUUUUCAAACACUGGGGCGGCGUACAGAUCACUACAAGCAAGAUCUGGUGCAACGGCUCCCACGGUUGUGAGCGGAACUGCGUCCCUCGCGGCACCGACAUCCUGGACCGCAUCCCCGCCGAGCGCUACGACGAGCUGCAGAUGCUCGCCGGCGCCCCGAAAAGUGAUCUGCGCGAGCCCUACGACGCCGACGGCAUGAAAGGGGACUACUGAAGCUCCACAAGGGACUGAAGGGAGCCGCUCCACAAGGGAGCCCAGGCCGGGAAACAUCGCCCGCGCCUCGAAUCUACCACUUCGCCGUCGCAAGGAUAACUACUCUUUCUCGAA